CAGAGGCUGGUAUAGAAUCAAACGCAACGCUUCUCUACUCUUUGAGUCUGGAGAAGAUUCCUUUGUUCAAAUCAACCCAUUCAUUCUGCUUCUACAUAUCAAAUCUGUGGAGGACGUAUUCGAUCGAAGUUCAAUGGGUAUUCCGGAUUACUCACUUUGAUCCGGUUUACCAAAUCUCAAGUUAUUGUCUAUACAUUUGAGUUCUCCGGAUUUUGCCGUCCAGUUGUUCGAUGAUAUUCCCCUGUGAAGGAAAAUAUCAUUCGUCCUGUAAAAAGCUUCAAUUUUUCUAAAAAGGAAAGGAAGCUUUUUUCUGAUGCCAAGUUGAUGAGUUUAUAGUUGAUCAGGUCUCUGGGAAUAGGAAAUGGCAAUUCUCUUGACACAUUUGCGAAAACCCUUUGCUUUUUCCCGGUCCUGCAUUCUGUUUUCUCGAUCAAUCUCUUCUUUUGAAGCGGUUGAAAAGGCUAUAAAAUGUGCUGUUGAAACAAAGGAGUAUCUUAGAAUCCCUGACCUUGUUGUGUCACUCAAAGAGCCUUACCAAAACUCAAUGUUAUUCUCUUUUCUCUCUGCUUUCCACCAUCAUCAUAGAAUCAGAGUCAUUGAUGAAAUCCUCCAAAGUUUUGUGCCCGUGAGACCACGUUCGCUUCCCAAAAUUGUCUACUCCAGCCUUCUUACUUACUGUCUUCAGAGUUCUGAUCCGCUUCCUUUGUCUUUCGCGAUCCUUCAACGCACUCUUCGUUCUGGCUGUCUUCCUAAUCCUCAGACACAUCUCCUUCUGUCUGAUGCUUGGCUUGAACGGCGACGAGGAUCCCAGUCUGUUGCAGAUAUUAUUAAUGAGAUGAAAUUGAUUGGAUAUAGCCCUGAUACUGGAACUUGCAAUUAUCUAGUGUCCUCUCUCUGUGCUGUUGAUAAGUUGGAUGAGGCCGUUAAAGUUGUUGAGGAAAUGGGUGCAGCUGGCUGUAUUCCUGAUGUGGAGAGUUAUGGGGCCGUGAUUAAUUCAUUGUGUUUGGCUAGAAAGACUAACGAUGUGGUGAAUAUAGUCAAAGAAAUGGUGAGCAAGGCUGGUAUUUCUCCACGGAAAGGGAUGUUGACAAAAGUAGCAUCAGCUUUGAGAGCCAACAGGGAAACUUGGAAAGCCAUUGAGAUGAUCGAGUUUGUAGAAAGUCGAGAUUACCCUGUGGAAUUUGAGAGCUAUGAGGUAUUAGUCGAGGGUUGUCUUGAGGUUAGGGAAUACAUUUUGGCAGGGAAGAUGGUUAUGAGAAUGACUGAUAGAGGGUUCAUACCAUAUAUCAAGGUUAGGCAAAAAGUGGUCGAGCGUCUUAUUAGCAUCGGUGAAUGGAAGCUUGCUUGUACUGUUAGAGAAAGGCUUUCGGAACUGAAGUCCUAGGUAUUUCCUGUAGUCACUCAGAUAAAUGUUACGAUUUUGUAAGAAUAGCUGCAGUUCCGAUCCUGGAAUGAAACUCAUACCCCAAACUUGGGAAUAAUUUUUGUUGUUUCUGAUUAGACAAACUUUUGUUUUAUAAUAGUUCAAUUUGUCUCCAUAUCUUUUGAUUAUUGUGCACUCCAUCUGCAAGUUUGUUGUGGAGCAUUUGUAGUGUCAAGUGAGCAUAAAGAUAAUGUGGAGAGAAUGUGUUAGUAUAGUGAAAUACUGAAAUCAUUGGAAGCUGAUGCAGAAUUUUCUUUUUGCGGACUUAUAUGGAUGCUAUUUGUUGUUACUUGUUGUCGUCGUCAGAAUUUUAGCUUAUACCUUAGGUUGUGAGGAUUCUCUUUUUCCAUGAGACCCUUGUGUUUGUUCAAUAUCACUAGACUUAAUGCGAAGCCUUAUAAGAAGCAAGUUAUCAAGCAGGAUGCUUCUAGGAGAAAGGAUCAUCAACUCGUUCAAGCAAACAUCGUGUGCUUAAUUAGGCAGAUUCUCAUACAGAGAGAAUUGUCAUAUCAAAUUUUCUGUUAUCCAAAAGGAAAAGGCUCUAAAGCUUCUGGAGAUUUGUGGACUCAC